UGUACAGCCCUCUCGCAGUGUCCGGAGCAAGUAUGGUGGGUCUGACACACCGGUGUCAAUGUGUUCUUUUUUCCAUUUCCAGGAGUGUAUAUCCUUUUGGCUUAAUUGUACACUCGCUAGGUCAGGGCAAUUACGACUUGCCCUAACGUUUGGCGGUGAGGGUCUUGAAGCUAGAGGCCUUACGAGAGCGACGUAGAACAAGUCAUGCUGAACGCACCACGUACACUUUCGGCAUUACCUGCUUAUCAUACUGAGAAAUAAUGUAGCACUUAAAAGUUCAUUGGCAGUGACGACUAGCCUACCUCCCCAUCCUGGUCGGCUUUCCAUCAGGUUUCAAAAUCACCACCCACCUUCGUUGUGGUAGGUGUUUGUGUUAGUGGUAGCUGGUGAGCGCAAGUAACCCAGACCGGACACGAAACCCCGUGUUGUCCGUCGUCAGUUCACAGAAGGACCUCGGUGCCACACUAAUCCUGCAGACCGUGAGGCUGACUGCCCCCCUCAAAGGCUCGCCGAACCUGCACUCACAGUUACACGGCCCUGCAAAACUCAACAGUUACCACUUCAUGUGUGGCUGUGUAGCAAGAGGAGGCGCUCGGUCGUGCAUCAAGGAAGGUGGAAUAGAGGAAUGCAAAAAAAAAUGGGCAUCUGUUCGUGACCAACUAAGGAAGACCUUGCAGAAAAGGAAAACUGUUUCAGGACAAGCUGCUGUUCAUCAACAUAAAUACAAGUAUGAAGAUCUCUUAACGUUCCUGCUACCUUACAUGGUAGAACGAGAAACAGUUUCCAAUGUUCCUUACAUGCAAGACAAUAAUGAGCAUAAACAAGAAUCAAAUACAAAUUCCCAAGAGGAGCAGUCGAUUGUUGAAAACGAAAAAGUGUCUACACAAGAAGACAUUGCAGAUGAAGAAUGGAUCAUUAAAACCCAGGAUAGUGAAACAGAGAAUUUGAUAGAGCGCACUCGGCAUUCCCAGACGCCCUCAGCUCAUUCGUCCGUCACUUCAAAGAAGAACACGUUUAUGAAACCACCACUGAAACGAAAAUUUCAGCGUGAGGUUGAACCACAAGAAUCUGCAUCAAGCCAGCUCAUGGCUUACAUUUUGGCAGAAAAAAAAGCUGAAAAACAGAGAUAUACAAAACCCAGUUGAUGCUUUUUUGGCUGGUAUAGCACCAGCCCUAAAAUCAUUGCAUCCACUACUGUUUCAUCAAGCUAAAAGUAGGAUUUUUUCAGUUGUACAAGACUUUGAACUGAAGCAACUCAUGAAUGACGUAUCAGUCCAUCAAUUCACUCCAUCAUCCUCCAAUUCCUCAGCAAAAUCUGUU